AUUUUUCGGACUUUAAAGAAUACAGGUGAAUCGGUUGUUCGAGAUGGUUUCUUUUGUUUGUUUCGUUGAAUAGAGGCUCAUGAAAGAUGUAACGUCAGUUAACUGCUGUUAUAAUAUUUUUUUGAAAGCUUAAUGGAUGUUGAGGGUUACAACGCGGAUGGCACUGUACAGAGUGGAGGUGAAAUGGAUAAAGAACACCAACUAAAUUGCUUCCAAGAUUAUUCACUAGAAGACAGCAAAAAUUCAAUAACCAGAGAAAAUAUGAAGUUAAGUUGUGGUGGAAACUGUACCAAUUGUGAUCCAGCCUUCUCUUCUCCAGAUGUAAUGGUAAAAGUUACAGAUGAAGGAAACAGCGUUGAAACUUCUGUUGACACUUGUACAACUGACAAUAGACAAUGGAAUUCUUUAUCUCUGGCAGGUCUCCCACCAGAGUUGAUUCUUGUGAUUUUUUCAUACCUUGAUGCACGGUUUGCACUAAGUGUGUUGACAGGUGUCUGUAAACUUUUUCAUCAUCUGCUAUCUCCUGAGUCUAGUUGGAAGACAAGGUUUGGAAAAAGAUGGCCACAGAGAGAUAAAAGAGAAGAUUAUGACUAUGUGACAAGUUGGAAGAGAAUAUGUGUCCAACAUGAAGACAUGGAUGCAUUUUGGCAAGAUCCUGUGGCGUCUCUGGAUUUUUAUGAGCUUAAAGAUCAGCACUUUGCCACAGUAGAUACAGUUCAUGUGAUGAGGGGUGGAGAGCUGUGCAUUUCAGGUUCAAGAGAUCGUUCUGUGGGGGUCUGGAAUUUAAAUGCUUUGUCUGUUCCUGAUGAGGCAGGAUAUGGAAAGAAGUCUUUCAAGCAAGCACUUGAUGGUCACAAGGGUUGGGUGUGGUGCCUCUCUAGUGACCCCACAGGAGCUCCUAGGGUGUGUUCAGGAUCAUGGGAUAGCAAAAUAAAGUUGUGGGAUCUUCAGGGACGAAAUGUUGAGAUGACAACCAUAAGCACUCAUAAGGCAGCUGUACUUUGUAUGUCAUGGGAACAAGAGAUGCUUAUAUCUGGUUCUUAUGAUAAGAGUAUUUCAUUGUGGGACCUGAGAGCUGGCAAUAUCAUAAGCAGAUUAAAGAACCACAGCAGGCCAGUGUUGUGUCUGUCUGUGGAUGACAAGUUUAUUAUAAGUGGAAGUGAGGACAAAACCCUUUGUGUGUAUGAUAGAAGAGCUGCACAAGUUUAUAAAACAGUAAAGCUUGAGAGUCCAGUCUUCAGCUUGUGCCAUAGUUCCAGUUGUGGCUAUAACUACCUCAGGGUUGGAGGAAGGGAAGGUCGCCUGCACCUGUUGGACACAACAGCUGAUAGAUUUGAAGAGAUAACACCUAGCAUUGAACUUGAUUCCAAAGGGAAAAUCUCUGCUAUGUGUCACUAUGGAGGUGCAGUUGUAGCCUGCUCAACAGACAAAUCUAUUAAGGUGUUGGAACCCUCUCGUGUCUUGUCUGUGAUUCAUUCAUUUGACUGUCAUUCUGGACAAGUUGCAUCAGUUAGCAGCAGAGGACCUGUCUUAGCAUCUUGUUUCAGUGAACUCAGUAUAGGAAUAUGGAGGCCAAAGAAUCUAAGACCAGCUCCAAGAAUAUGAUGUUGGAUUCUGGUGAACUUAGACAUGAAACACAUUCAUAAUGAUGGACAUUUGUUUUAACUGUACCUUGUCAUACCUUGCAUUCGUCUGUAAAUAUAUUCUUAUCUUCUCAUCUUCUUGAGAAGGCUAUUGCUUAGAAAGUUUUGCAAAGCUUCUGUUGUAUCAUUUUCUUUUCUACGUUAUUUCAUUUUUAUUUCACCCUUUCACUCCCAAGAUCUCAUGAGUAAUUCUCCUUACUGUUUGCCAUUUAAAUUUUUAUGAUGUUAGUUUGGAGAAAUUGUUAUUUGAUCAACUGAUUAACCCCUUAUGUGAAACUUAUCUUUAUUCGCAUCAUUUGUCUGCUUGAGAUUGUUUAGAUAUUGUAAGGAGAAAUUCUGUCAUGGCCACUCGUGGGAUUUAAAGGGUUAAUGUUUUUCCAGAAAGUUUUUCAAUGAUUAUUUUGAAGAUAGACUUUGGAGCAAAAAAAAACAGUACUUAUUUCCUCCAUUUCUCUUUGACAUGAAGAAGGAAAUCAGUCAUGAAUUUUUAUAAGAAGAUUUAUAUUUAACCUUUUUGUUAUUGCCAGAACACACACAAUCGUGUUGAAAGAACAAAUAAAGGCAAAGACCUUUUGUC